AUGGCAGUCGACCCUACCGCAAGCGUUCCGUCUCGGUCGGUUUACCUCACUCUUCCUCCGCUCUCGAUCCUCAAGUUCAAUCCUUUCAACAAUCCAGAAGUCAUCAGCCCUCCAGUUCGAGAACGAAGCAUAGCGCAGCCCUUCAACAUCAGUCCUGAGGCCUAUGCUGGUGCGCUAAACGUUGCAUGGCCAGUCGUCAUUGCAACUGCCUAUGCAGUUGCGGUCACCUUGAUGAACAGGAAAAAUGCGGAGAGAAGUCACAAGCCGUGGGCUUUCAGCAAGUCAGCAGCUUUCUAUUUUGCAGUGAUCGCCCAUAAUGUCUUCCUUGCCCUGUACUCCCUUUGGACGUUCUCGGGCAUGAUAAGGGCUAUUCGAAACUCCUGGCCCGGGGUGAACGGAGCAUAUGGACUAGCAGGGGCAGCCGAUGCUCUAUGCAAAAUGCACGGGCCUAGAGGUCCUGGAAGUGCAGCAAUCUACGACAUGGCAACCCAGACUUGGGGCAUUUCCGAUGUUACCAUGAAUUUGGAAGGAGGCAACCCCGAUACGACCGAUGUAGGAAGACUAUGGAAUGAGGGACUGGCGUACUACGGAUGGAUAUUCUACUUGUCAAAGUUCUACGAAGUGGUGGACUCCUUUAUCAUCUUGGCGAAGGGCAAGAAUACGUCUUUCUUACAAACCUUCCACCAUACUGGAGCCAUGUUCGCCAUGUGGUCUGGCAUUCGGUAUAUGUCUCCCCCGAUUUGGAUGUUCACAUGCCUUAACUCCCUAAUCCACUUUUUCAUGUACACCUACUACACCUUAGCAGCCCUUGGUAUUCGCGUACCAUUUGUGUUGAAGAGAGGCCUUACAGCCGCACAGAUUUUCCAGAUUGUUUUUGGCGCCUCAUAUGCAUUCGCACACUUGUUUGUGGCAUAUGACGUGCCAUCAUGGGCUUCGUAUAGUGUUCUAAAUAAUCUAUCUACAGCUAUUCCAAAUGUGGCCUCCACGGCAUCCAAUUUUCUAUCUAGUGCAACAGCGGCAGCAGAUUUUGGGAGCUUGCUGAAGAAAGCAGCCUUGCGGGCUGCUGGAGAAGAAGGACUUGCAGCCAAUGUACGAAAUUACAAAGGAGAGACCUUCGGCAUAGAUGCAAUACACGCAGCAGAAUCACAGAAAGCACUGGAAGAGAUCGUCUACAAGCAGCACAUUACGCGGGCACAUUGCCUCGACACGUCUGGCGAAUCUUUCGCUAUUCUGUUUAACAUCUGCUACCUGGCACCGCUUGCUGGUUUGUUCAUAUCCUUCUUCGCACAGUACUUUCAGCAAAGCGCAUCCGCCAAAGACAAAACGGGCCUGACUCUUGAGGAUACCAAAUUUUCAGCAAGUAAAGCCACCACAGACGUGAAGAAGCAAAUUGCCGAGGCAAUGAGUGAUCCUCAAGGCGGUGCUACCGAGCCUCCUGAAGACAUCAAGAAACAGCUUGAAAAUGCCAAAGAUAAGACACAGCAGAAAGCUAAGAAAGCCGGUGAUCAAGCUAAAGAAGGCGCAAACAAAGUGUCAGCUAAAGCCAAAGAUGCUGUUGAGAACGUCAGAGACAAGGCUCCAAAUGUUCCAGAUAAAGCCAAAGAACGCGGGCAGGAUGCUAUCAAUGCAGCGAAGAACGCGGGUGAAAACGCAAAGAACAAGGUCUCCGAAUAUGCGCAAGCUGUAAAAGGCGAGGCAAAACAGAAGGCAGACGAGGCGAAUGAAGAGCCUGGGGAGGUUAAUAGUACACCCGUGAAAGGUGAGCCAAUAGAGGAGAAAGGAGCAGUGAAUGGAGAUAUCAGGGAGGGAGCAAACGCCAACAACGAAGAACCUGCCGCCGGUCCGGCAAAGAAGGAAGAAGUGGAAGAGGUGGAGAAAGCUGAUUCCGAGGACGACUGA